AUGGAGAGCAGGGAUCUACCUCAAACAAACCCAGCUGCGAGGGGCUCUUGCUGUGAGGACAACAGGAGCAGAAAAGCAGACAGACAACGUGGAGGCUCUUUCCACUCCAGGAAUUUUCCAAACUUGCACAAGGCUCAAAUUAGAUUGAAGUCUGGGAUAAAGAAGAAAACCACUAGAGUGUCUCUGACUAUCAGUUCUCCUGUUAAUGAAACCUCUAACAUCAGAUCAAGUUAUUCUACCUUAGUUCAACCACUGUGUAUUGACCCCCAGAGGAUGCAGAGUCCCUGCAGCAGCCUGUUUGGAUCCACUUGUGUUGUAGCCCCUGUGUUCACCAAGCAUCUUCAAGAUAUCUCUACAACCAGAGGUCAGUUUGUCGUGUUUGAAUGCCGAGUCCAGGCCACAGCCGCAGUUCAAGUUCACUGGUACAGAGGGAAAGAGCAGAUAGCCGACUCAGAUGACUUCCGAAUUCUGAGAAAAAAGGAAGUGUGCACCUUAAUUAUCACAGAAGCAUUUCCUGAAGAUUCUGGAGACUUCAAGUGCAUUGCAGAAAAUGAGGCUGGGACUGCAGUCUCCACAGCAAGACUCUUUGUUUCUCCAGAGGGAAAAGUGGAGAAAUCAGAGGGCUCUCAAAAGUCACCCACAAGAAAAUUCCCUCCAAAACUGGUCUCCUCUCCCUGGAGCAGUGACAACCACACAAAGGAUAAAAAUCCAGACAAUACUCCAAUAAACCUUAUGCCAACUAUUCCUGAAACAGCCAGUCACAAUGAACAUGAGAUCCAGGUUCCAAAGGAUGAGUGCUGCACCAUCAAUGAAAAUUCCUCUGAGCUACAACCACAAUGGUAA